UCUUGCAUACAUUGUGGCGGUCACUAUUCAGCGGACGCGUAGACAGUAUUAAAGCGGAAGCCGUAAGGAACGGAUCUGUUUGACUAUGUUCAAUGAAGGUUUGGACGCAGCACAUCCUCAGGUAUGUCUGUUCCGCCGCCGCGGUGUACCUGGUGGCCACGCAGGUGUGCAGCAGCUUCCUUAGGGCCGGUGAAGCCGAGCGCCAGUCGGGGCGGGGCGGCACGGGGCCCGACACUCCGUCCUGCCGCGCCCUCUUCACUGUCAUGAAUGUCCCCCGCCGCCCCACAGUCAACGUCAGCCUCUUCAUACAUGACCUUCAAGGGUAUUCGCCUCCUCACAAGCUCAAUGGAGACUGGAGGGCGCGGGCAUUCCCUGGCCCCGUCCCCGGAUCCGGCAGCUCCGCCGCGGCCGCUGGGGCGGUGCGGCAGCUGCUCCUAAAGAGAAACUUGCCGCCAGGACCAUCGACGGCAGACUACUCCCCGCUGGCCGCCCUUCUUCCCUCAGUGCUGGCCCGCCAGGCAGGGGGUGAGGGCAGCGCCCAGACGGUCACCACCACCACCACCACCAGGAUCGGCGCCGCCGGUGGGCUGCUGCCCUACGUGCCGUGUCAAAUAGCGACCUAUGCUGACCCUGCCUCUGCCACCGCCUGCUUCAGGGAGAGGCUGAGAAAGGAUGACUCCUUAUGGAUCUUUUUCAUGGGGGACUCUAAGAUUAGAAACCUUUUUGUUUCAUUCAUUGCACUUAUGGAUAAAGAGCUCCACUUCAUUAUUAAAUUUCCUAGCUUCAGCAUACCGUUCGCUGCGAUGGACUGGGGCUACGCCACGAUAAAAGUGAACUUGGAUGCCUCUUGUCUGAAGCUACCAGGACUACGUGUGUCAUUCCGGUUUCAGCCAUUCAAUCAGCUAAAAGCAUCAUCGAAGAAGAGCAGCGCGGAAGUGCGGCAGCUGGCGCGGUGGGCGGCGGGGCUGGAAGCAGCUCCACACCUGCUGGUGCUGGGCUACACUUCGUGGACCACCAUUGAUAUGGAAGUGGAGUUCUUUCACGACGCUCUUGACUCCCUAAUGGACAUGCACAAAUUGGUGGCGCCUCUCCUGCAACAGGUGAGCCGGAGGACUCGGGUUAUCGUGACGCCCCAAAGCAGAUACAAGAUCUACGCAAGUACAGGUCUUUACCAGCAUUACAGCACUCCUUUCGGGGAUCCCAUCUUUGACUGGAGCGAGGCAGUGUUGCUUCAUCAUCUACGGCUUCAUACGCAACAAAGCCAGACGCCCACACCAUCCGAUGCUACUUCGGCAGGAAAUAUAAGGGAACGAUGGAGCCGCAACGGCUCAGGGCCCCGAGACCACCUAGUGCCCGAUGAGGCUGACGGCGGAGUGUGGUGGUGGGACACGAGUCUGCCGCUGAGCCUGGCGGAGAACAGCGAGUGUGAGGAGCUGUACCACCGUGGCCUGACACAUCACUCUUUGUAUAAUAGCUCUUUCUUUAGGUGUAACAAUGACCACCACGCAGGCACCGUCACUCUGAGGGACCAGGUCACGAUGCUGCUCAACCUGGCGUGCAACUCCGUGUUGGGAGGUGGCGAGAGGAUGUGUUGUGGCUAACGCGAGGGAUGCAGCAGGGAGGUCUUGAGGGGCUGUGUUGUGGCUAACGCGAGGGAUGCAGCAGGGAGGCCUGGAGGGGAAGUGUUGUUGCUAACGCGAGGGAUGCAACAGAGAGGCCUCGAUGGGCUGUGUUGUGGCUAACGCGAGGGAUGCAGCAGGGAGGCCUGGAGGGGAAGUGUUGUUGCUAACGCGAGGGAUGCAGCAGGUAGGCCUCGAGGGGCUGUGUUGUGGCUAACGCGAGGGACGCAGCAGGGAGGCCUCGAUGGGCUGUAUUGUGGCUAACGCGAGGGGAGCAACAGGGAGCCCUCGAGGGGCUGUAUUGUAUGGAGUAUGCAUCUCAUAUGUGGGGGGGCUCCACUCACACAGUUCUUCUGGACAGAGUGGAGGCUAAGGCUCUUCGUCUCAUCAGCUCUCCUCCUCCUACUGAUAGUCUUCUACCUCUUAAAUUCCGCCGCGAUGUUGCCUCUCUUUCUAUCUUCUAUCGAUAUUUCCACGCUGACUGCUCUUCUGAACUUGCUAACUGCAUGCCUACCCCCCUCCCGCUGCCCCGCUGCACACGACUUUCUACUCAUGCUCAUCCCUAUACUGUCCAAACCCCUUAUGCAAGAGUUAACCAGCAUCUUCACUCUUUCAUCCCUCACGCUGGUAAACUCUGGAACAAUCUUCCUUCAUCUGUAUUUCCUCCUGCCUACGACUUGAACUCUUUCAAAAGGAGGGUAUCAGGACAUCUCUCCUCCCGAAUUUGACCUUGCUUUUGGACACCUCUUUUGUGUCUUUUUUAGGAGCAGCGAGGAGCGGGCUUUUUUUUAUUAUUGUUUUCUUUUUUUUGUGCCCUUGAGCUGUCUCCUUUGUUGCAAAAAAAAAAAAAAAAUGUGGCUAAAGCGAGGGGAGCAACAGUGAGGCCUCGAGGGGCUGUAUUGUGGCUAACGCGAGGGGAGCAACAGGGAGGCCUCGAGGGGCUGUAUUGCGGCUAACGCGAGGGGAGCAACAGUGAGGCCUCGAGGGGCUGUAUUGUGGCUAACGCGAGGGGAGCAACAGGGAGGCCUCGAGGGGCUGUAUUGCGGCUAACGCGAGGGGAGCAACAGGAAGCCCUCGAGGGGCUGCCAUUGUCGCGCUGCCAGACUUGCUGGGAAUCGGAACCAAUACAGGGCUCUGUCGCGUAGGACUAGAGCUCUCCUGAGGAGAGACAAGGAGAGGUAUGUCAGGGGUCUCGCUAUGGAAGUCGAGGGCCAUUUAAAUGCGAAUGACCUCCGACCUGUUUACCAGCCCUGAAGAAGCUCCGCUCCAAGUCUUCCUCUCAGGUGAGCGCUAUCCGAACAGUUGACAGCUGCCUCGUGUCGGACGUGGAUGGGCAGAGGGCUCGUUGGGCUGAGUACUUUGAGCACCUGUACAUGGGGGACCCACCACGUGGGCAGCUUCCAGUUGCUGAGUUGCAGGUGGCGGAUGCUGAUCCACCCAUUGACUAAAGACUACCCUCUGGUUGAGGUCAGAGAGGCUGUGGCAAAGUUGAGGGGUGGAAAGGCACCUGGCACCUGUAACAUUAGUGCGGAGCUGCUCAAAGCUGGUGGUGAGGCCAUAAUCCGCGGGUUGCAUGCGGUCUUGACUGCUGUAUGGCAGUCCGGUACCAUUCCUCCUGACUGGAGGAGGGGGUUGGUCGUUCCUAUCUGGAAAGGGAAAGGGGACCACCAAGACUGCAACAACUACCGUGGUAUUACACUGCUCAGUGUGCCAGGCAAAGUGCUUGCCCACCUAUUGCUGAUGCGAAUUCCCAGCCAGCUGCUGAAGCUCCAGAGACCUGAACAGUAUGGGUUUACGCCUGGUAAGUCAACAACUGACAGUAUUCUAGCGCUUCGCGUACUGGUGGAGCGCCGAUGUGAGUUUCGACAUGGGAUGCUUGCAGCCUAUAUCGAUCUCAAGAAGGCGUUUGAUUCAGUGAAUCGCGAGGCACUCUGGAAUCUUCUGCGACUCCAUGGGAUUCCUGCGAGGACUAUUGGUUUGCUGACUGACCUGUAUUUUGGGUGAGAGAGUGCUGUGAACUGCCGGGGGGGCUUGUCCAGCUUCUUUCCCGUGAAUGCGGGAGUGAGCCAGGGCUGUGUCCUUGCCCCAUCGCUUUUCAACACUUGUAUGGACUGGGUACUGGGCAAAGUUGUGGACCAGAGUCAUUGCGGAGCAUCCAUUGGCAAUACCAGGGUCACUGGCCUUGUUUUUGCCGAUGAUGCAGUAAUCCUGGCGGAGUCGCUGGAGGUUUUGGUGAUGGCUCUCGAGGCAUUGCACGAGGAGGCGAAACACUUGGGACUUCAGGUCUCCUGGGCUAAGACAAAGGUACUACAGGUGUUUGAAGGCUUGCUAGAUGAAACAGUAGUUUGUUCAUAUGUGUGGCGAGGACGUUGAGAUCUCAGAAAGUUUCACGUAUUUAGGUAGCGUAGUUCAUAACAACGGUGAGUCUGGCCAGGAAGUCUUACGGCGGAUUGGCCUGGUCCAUGGUGUUAUGGACUCGCUAAAUACGAGCAUAUGGCGUUGUCGAUACUUGUGCAGAAGGACAAAGAUCCGGAUCUUCAAGUUCCUUGUGCUCCCUGUCUUUUACUCUAUGGGUGUGAGACGUGGACACUAAAUGGGGACUUGGAGAGGCUGACUUGCCUUUGAUAAUAAAUGUCUACGCAGAAUCAUGGGAUAUCGCUGGAAUGACUUUGUGUCAAACCGGCGACUACUCCGUGAGACUGUUUCGACAUAAUAGCUGAUGAUAUGAUUUCGACAUAAAGCUGAUCCUGCUCAUCGAGUUGGUUUUGUAAGAAACAAUCCUGAGUGGAGGAGGUCAAGGGGACGCCCACGGAGUUCGUAGCUUGAGCAAGUCGAUAGAUCCCGCCGGGAGGUACUCGGGUUGGGAAGGGUGCCUGCAUGGAGACUCGCCCAGAGGGCCCCCCGGGCUUGGCGUCGUAGGGUGGGCGAGGUGACGCGCCCCCCGGCGUAUGCCCCCACUGAUUUAUUGAUUGAAAACAGUUAUGACAAAAUUCUUUUACAGAAGAAUUGCCGUCUUAUCAACUUUCUGCCAUUUAUGAACAAUUAUUCACAGAAAUAACCACAAACAGGACUUCACACAUAAAAGACUCUGACCAAUCAUUCCAGGAACAAACUAGCAUCCAGAAUAAGUUAUCAUUUAUGGAUCACGUCCAGGCAGUAAGCCAGGUGAUGGAGAAAACUAAUGAACGAAGAAAAUCUCUUUGUUUUGCCUUCACUUACUAAGAAAAGACCUUUGGUUCAGUGGCAACUACUGAUACUGAAGGCGGUUCGAUGACAAGAUGUAGGUGAAAUCUAUCGUAAAAUUCUUGGAGCCAUAAUUAAAAAUGGAACAGCUACUAUUAGACUUCAUAGAUUUUUUUUUUUUUUUUUUUUUUUUUUACGUCGUUGCCUGUUGCGCCGGUAGGCAUCUUCCUGGUGGGGCCUGAUGGUCGGCCCAAGGCUUCUUCCAGGUGGGGCCUGAUGGUCGGCCCAGCCCGUUCUGGCGCAGGCGAGUGUUUAUAGUGGCGCCAUCUUACCAGAAAAGUCCCAAUAAAAAAAAAAGGAGUUAGACAGAGCGAUAAAACAUCACCUAAACUGUUUACGGCGUGAUUAGUAGAAA